ACGGCGAUCGCCGUUAAAUUACGUCAGAGCCUGCAAGUUGACAAGUUGGAGGCGCCGUCCAUUUGCCCACGGACGUUUGUUUUCAAACUGAAACUUGAUUUUAAACGGAUUUUGUUCGGCGUUGGCUGCUGGUGGAAGACGUUGUCGGUUCCAGUUUCCUUCAGCUGUGGCCGGCAUGCGGGGCGCUGUCUGCGGCUGGUCGGAGUGACGACGCUCGCGCCAGCAAAACAAAAUGCUGAAUCUUUUUGGAAUUCGAAAGAACACUGAAUCAUCUAACAAAAGCACAUCUGAGAAAGAGGUAGAUGGAUUUGUUAUUUUAGGAGAAACAGCAAAUGAAAGGGAAGUGCUUCAAGGUUGUGAGCCAGGAAACCAAACAACAAGCACACGCUGUCAGACAAUUCAGGGCAAAACAACAAAUUUAUAUCCUGUAUAUACAAGUGAAACAUGUACUACUGAACAGAUGGACCAAACAUUCAAAGAUUUUCCUUUAAGUGCGGAGCUCCUCAACGACGUGCCUUUCACACUAGCUCCUCAUAUUCUAGCAAUUCACGCUAGUUUUCAGGACCUCCCUGCCAGCUUGCUAUUGUCGAAGAAUGAAAACUUGGCACGUUUCGGAUAUGAUUUUACUCUUGAAAAUUCUGUACUUAAUUCCUAAAAAAUGAAUGUUGCUAUUUUGCAUGAAGCACAGUGUUGUCCUUCAAGAUAUUGAAGUAAAAUGUAAUUGAUGGAUUCUUUAUUUCUCUAUUACUUUUCAUGCGUUAUGUUACUAGUAUUGUACCUUUUUGUGUUCCAUCUGGAAGUUUUCCAAUGUUUCCAUAAAAAAAUAAUUCUUGACGAAAUUUAAUGGUUUGCAUUUCAUGUGAAACUAACAUGGCUACUCAUGGGAAGGAUUGAGAAAUUGCGUCGUAAACGCUCAAAGAUUAGAUUCCUGGGUUGGUGUUGGGGAAGGGGAAAAAGAAGUGACCCUGCUGGUAUCAUCUAUACUGUCAGGAUCAUGCUUUUAUGUGCUGACUAUGCCUUUGUAUAUCAGACCAGAAAUUCUAGUCUCUACCAGUAGGGUGCCUCAGAGACUUCUCAGAGAAAAAUAAAAAUGUCCUUCUUUGCAAGGCUGCUUUCCUGACAUGGACUUCCACCUCAAGUGCUUUGACAUAUAGAAAAUUAUGAUUGCGUUGAGAGAUGGGAAAGAGACCAGAAUUAAUAACUACAUUGGUCACUGUCAUUUACUAGAAUAUAUUACAUGCAGGUGUAUAAUGUUCAUGUAUAAUUAUUUUGCAACUUUUCAUUUGAUUGAAUCCUUUUUGAUUUGUCUGUUUGAGUGUUGUACACACUUACAGCAGUUGUGAUAGAUGUUAAUUUUCAGUUUUUGAAAGAAUACAAAUGCUUUUAUUAUGGUUGAAUGAUAUAAUCAUAUUGCACAGCAGUGGAGUAAUAAUAAAGUAUAUCUAUUGAAAUAAAA